AUGGCCCACCAAAAAUACCCUCUCAGUAAAUACACUCUAAUAACCAAAUAUAAUAUCAUAGCAGAAAUCAUUGCUCUCUCCCAUGCUGCCCAAUAUCCUGCAGAGAGUAGUCGAGCUGCUGCUUCAAGACCAAGAGUUGAAGCUGUCCAGGAUUCUGUUGCGCCCAUACAACCAUUGUCAAUUGAUCUCUCCUUCACAGAACAAUAUACUGCAGAGAGCAACAGAGAUCUAACUGCCGCUUUUGAGGCUUUGCAAGUUUCUGAUGUUGAGAGAGUCUUGGAUUUGACUACCACCACUGCCACUGCCACUGUUAUUCCCUGCUGUUCCAGCUGUAAUAGAAUUGGUCACCAAUGGAGCAACAACUUGCAGUGUCCUAACAACCAAAGGAACCGCAAUUUUGUCCCUGGCCAGUUAACUACUACUCACAACAUGGCCUGGCAUACUACCACCCCACUACCUCCAGCUGGCCAAACUUUCUUUGACAAGAUCAGAUGGUACAACAGCACCAUAAGUUUCACUUCCAUGGGAGCCAACAUCAAUCAGUCUGUUGCCAACAACAUUGGUGGUGCGUACAACUACCGGAUCCAUGAGACCGUCUGCCACAAGAUUGUAUCAGUCAUUCCAACAACCCAGGCUCAGAUGGACCAACCCAAGUUUGCCCAGAUCUAUAUCUUUGAUCCAGCUUCUCAGGUCGAACAUAGACAGCGCAAUGCCCCAGACUUGGACAGGAUAAUCUUGGAAAAGAUCCAGGCCGUUCUCAUGGAGGUCAAUCCAUUUGUUUCUCUCUUCCGCUCUAUAGAACAAGUUGCAUGUAAGAAUGAUGGAACGGCCAAUCUCAUCAUUUGCUUGAAGGCUGAUGGACCACAGGACCAGCAAUGUUACAAUGCUCCCACCACCGAGGAAGUGGCAGUAUUGAUCAGAGACAACGAAACUGGCAGCUCAAGGGACAUUAUUCUCCACACCCAUGCAAAUGGCCUCCAAAGGAUUAAUGAGUAUAAUUGCUUCUAUGAUGCUCUGCAGUAUGUCUUGCUCUUUCCUUUGGGUGAUUAUGACUGGACCAUUGUGUCAUAUUCUGCAACCAGAGAAAAAGUGUCUGUCAUGGACUGGUACGCUAACCGUCUCAUGUACCGUCCCAACUCCAUGCACCUCCUCCACCAAUUUGGCCGGCUCUUUCAACAGUAUAUUGUUGAUAUGUAUACCAAGGUUGAGCACAACUGCCUGGACUUUCUUACCCAAAACCAGAAGAAACUUCGUUCCAAGCUCUACUGGGGCAUUCAGGAUGCACUCCACCUCACUGACAAUAAUUUGGCAAAUCUUGGUCAGCAACAAGCAGUAUACCGUGUUGUCAAAGAAGCAGUUGAAGCAAGCCCUACAACCCCAAGAUUAUAUUUUGUUGAUGGACUAGGUGGCACUGGAAAGACCUUUUUAUUCAAUGCCAUGCUCAGAAAAGUCUGUCAACAAGGCAAGAUUGCUCUUGUGGUAGCUAGCAGUAGAAUUGCAGCUCUGCCUUUGGAUGUCUGGCUUGCCUUUGCCAUGACUAUCAACAAGUCCCAAGGCUGGACCCUUGACAAAGUUAAUCUGUACCUUCCCGACUAUGUCUUUGGUCACAGGCAGUUGUAUGUUGCUCUCUCCAGGGUCCAAACUCUAAACUCAGUAAAAAUUAUGGUUGAUAUGGACAGUAUUUCUACUGAAGCAAUCAGCAAUGUCUAUAUAAACAAUGUUGUUUAUAAUGAAGUGCUUUCUAGAAAUUAA